GAAGGAAGGAAGAGAGCAACAUCCUCGUGGUUCAAUAUGGCGAGCUUAUCACCACUGCUAGUAGCAGUCCUGUGCCUGUUACUUGCAAUCACAGGAAGACUGCAUGCUGAAUCAUGUAUUGGAGUCUACUGGGGUCAAAAUGGCAACGAGGGAAGCUUACGAGAAGCUUGUGCCACCGGCAACUACAAGUACGUCCUAAUAGCCUUCCUCAACCAGUUCGGCAACGGCCAGAUUCCACGGUUGAACCUCGCCGGCCACUGUGACCCCAUCAGCGGCGGCUGCACUUUCCUGAGCAACGACAUAAUCUCAUGCCAGCAGGACUACAACGUCACGGUGAUGCUCUCCCUGGGCGGUGCCAUCGGCAACUACCACCUGGUGUCCAAGGAGGAUGCCAGGUAUGUCGCCGCCUACAUCUGGGACAAUUUCUUGGGCGGCUCAUCCCCCAACCGGCCCCUCGGGAACGCCGUGUUGGACGGGGUAGACUUCGACAUCGAGGGAGGGAGCAGAGACCACUGGGACGACCUUGUUCGCUACUUGAAGGCCUACAGCACGCCGGGGCAGAAAGUUUACCUGAGCGCGGCAACACGCUGCUGCAUGCCCGACUAUUACCUUCAAACUGCGAUCGACACCGGUCUCUUCGACUACCUGUGGGUGCAGUUCUGCGACAUCUACUGCCAGUGCUCCCUCAGCGACGUUGACACCUUUUUUAGGAUAUGCGACCAGUGGGCUUCCAUGAACGUAAGCAAGGUGUUCCUCGGAAUCACUGUUCAUCGCGGAAAUGACUGCGUCACACCUGAGGACCUCGUAAACAUAGUUAUUCCCAUCAUCAAACAUUGCGAUAAGUAUGGAGGAAUUAUGCUGUGGAACCGAUACUCUGACGCUAUCACUAACUUUAGCGCUCAGGUGAAGGACUACGUGUGUCCUGAUCGUCGUCAGUACUCCACCGCGGCUACUUUGGUGGCGUCGUCUUCCGUGUGAACUGGAACUGUGUGCGCGUCCAGUUAUGAUGCUUCGCCGAUGCGCAAUGUGUGGUGUCCUCUAAUAAUACAAUAAACACCUGCUGUGAUUGCGUAAUGAU